AUGCUCGAGAUAACAUUUUCCGCAUCAGUUGCCGUCCAGAUGCUGCUUGCCUCUCUGGUUCUAGCGCUUAUCGGUGCAAGAUUUUAUCUUAGGCUCGGCAUCCAGCGGAAAUCGCUCGAAACAACCGACUAUUUGAUCUUUCUCGCAUGGCUAUGUGCUGUUGGAUCUUCUUCUGCAGACAUUGCUAUGUUGAGUGUCGACCUGCCUUUCGACACUCUGGCGAGUUUUGCCAAUUAUGAACCCGACCGUCCUGAAACUUUUGUGUUUAUUCUCAAGUAUCUUUUCGGUGCUGUCUUUGUCUUUUACGUUGGUUAUUAUACGUGCAAAUUCUCCAUCCUCGCCGUGUACCUGGAACUAUUCCCUCGGCAUAUGAAGGGCCUAAGAUAUGCACUGUACGCUACCAUAGGAUGCAAUGUCGGUGCUUUCAUGGCUUCCAUCUUGAUUCUCAUUCUUACCUGCAUACCGGUAGAGCGCAACUGGUCACUCGACCCAGCCGACACAUGCCCCAUCCAGAUAGAAAUAUCUGACGCUCUUUGGGCGAUUCAAAUCGGAUCAUCUGUCAUGAGUAAGUUCUAUCUCCUGAGCCCAGUCCAGAUUGACCACGACACUUACUAUGCCGCAGUUUAUGCGCUUCCAUUCUUGAUCCUGCGAGGUAUGCAGCUGAAGGGACCAGUAAAGAUUGGACUCUACUUCACAUUUGGCCUCGGCGGAAUCGACCUUUUGGUCAGCAGCUUGAUGCGCUUCGUCUGGUUCCGACCCGGCGCUGACAACCUGCGCAUUUCAAAUCUAGACCUAUACUACGGAAUUGACAACUACGUUUUCCUGAUGGUUGCCUGCUUACCAUCACUCCGACCCUACCUGGGCAAGAUGAAAUUGACCGGGAGCUCGGCGCGGUCAUCGAGACAGACCAAGUCGUCGUCGCAGGGAUCGCCAUCCUGGGGCAAACCGCUGGAACCGUCGUUGAGGAAUUCCCAAUCAUCGAGGCAGCAAUCGCAGCUGUCGCCGAUAUCGCCAAAGGCCCCAGUCACGCGGCUGGGCAGCAUCGAUACCUUGGAUGAUCGCGGCGCUGACGUGUACGAUUGUGAACUUGGAGAAAUGCCGAGAGGUCGUGUUGAUAGUUCAAAUGUGUAG